GGCAGCGGAUACACGAGAUUUGUUGUGAGAUGUCGGAGCGCGAGUGGCAGUGUGGAGCGUCAUGUAGAUUGAAUGCAGGGAUUUUGUAGGGUGUGUGUGCGCAUUUGUCUGUCACUGUGUGUCCAUUUGUCUGUCAGUGUGUGUCCAUUUGUCUGUCAUUGUGUGUCUAUUUGUCUGUCAGUGUGUGUCCAUUUGUCUGUCAUUGUGUGUGUCCAUUUGUCUGUCAUCAUGUGUGUCCAUUUGUCUGUCAUCAUGUGUGUCCAUUUGUCUGUCAGUGCAUGUUUCCAUUUGUCUGUCAGUGUGUGUGUCCAUUUGUCUGUCAUCGUGUGUGUCCAUUUGUCUGUCAUCGUGUGUCCAUUUGUCUGUCAGUGUGCGUGUCCAUUUGUCUGUCAUCGUGUGUCCAUUUAUGUCAUCUUGUGUCCAUUUGUCUGUCAGUGCGUGUUUCCAUUUGUCUGUCAGUGCGUGUUUCCAUUUGUCUGUCAGUGUGCGUGUCCAUUUGUCUGUCAGUGUGUGUUUCCAUUUGUCUGUCAAUGCGUGUGUCCAUUUGUCUGUCAUCGUGUGUCCAUUUGUCUGUCAUUGUGUGUCCAUUUGUCUGUCAUCGUGUGUCCAUUUGUCUGUCAUUGUGUGUCCAUUUGUCUGUCAUCUUGUGUCCAUUUGUCUGUCAGUGCGUGUUUCCAUUUGUCUGUCAGUGCGUGUUUCCAUUUGUCUGUCAGUGCAUGUUUCCAUUUGUCUGUCAGUGUGCGUGUCCAUUUGUCUGUCAGUGUGCGUUUCCAUUUGUCUGUCAAUGCGUGUGUCCAUUUGUCUGUCAUCGUGUUUCCAUUUGUCUGUCAGUGCGUGUUUCCAUUUGUCUGUCAGUGCGUGUUUCCAUUUGUCUGUCAGUGUGCGUGUCCAUUUGUCUGUCAGUGUGCGUGUCCAUUUGCCUGUCAGUGCGUGUUUCCAUUUGUCUGUCAGUGUGUGUGUCCAUUUGUCUGUCAUCGUGUGUCCAUUUGUCUGUCAGUGCGUGUUUCCAUUUGUCUCUGUGUGUGUGUGUGUCCAUUUGUCUGGCAGUGCGUGUGUCCAUUUGUCUGUCAGUGUGUCCAUUUGUCUGUGUGUGUGUGUCCAUUUUGUCUGUCAGUGUGUGUGUGUCCAUUUGUCUGUCAGUGUGUGUGUCCAUUCAUCUGUCGUAUGUGUGUGUGUGUGUGUGUGUGUAUGUAAAAGCAUCGAAGCUCCC